AUGCCGCAGUCUGACAAGAGCCAGAGACGUUCCUCCACUGCCAAGUCCAACCGUCUCUCUCAACUCUUUUCGUCUAGCCCAAAAUCCAAAGAGAACCAGACUGCUGCUCAAAAGGCUCUUCUCGCCAUGCAGCAGCAUCAGUUUCAGCAGGGCGACCUGCCUGCCCUGGAUAUGCCUAUGUUUUCACACUCAGGCUCCCGCGACUCCCAGCCCCAGCCCUUACACGCCUCACCUGCUGCCAUCUCGCCGGCCACUGUCCCACUACCCACCAUUUCUCUUUCGAGCGUCAUGGCUAGCGAUCAGACUGUCGAAACUUCCACGACGACAAUCUUCAAACCCGAGACGGCCGAGGAAAUUGAGCGUCAACGUAUCGCCGACUCCCAGUUCGGUCCCCUUAGUCACCCCUCCCACCUCUACACCUCCAAGUCGCACGGCGAGCCCCUCGAGGCUCCCAUUGAGGACGAGCCUCCCUACUACUACCUGCUGACCACCUACAUCAGCUACCUGAUUCUCAUCCUCCUGGGUCACAUUCGCGACUUCUUUGGCAAGCGCUUUGGUGACAAGAAGCUUUACCAGGCUCUCAAGGUCCAAAAUGGCUACGCUCCGCUCAACGAUGAUUUUGACAACUUUUACACGCGCCGCCUGAAGCGUCGUCUCGAUGACUGCUUUGCACGCACCACUGUUGGUGUGCCUGGCCGCUACAUUACUCUCAUGGAUCGCAUCUCUCACGACUUCAACCUUUCCUACCAGUACACCGGCACCUACACGGAGACACUCAACAUGAGUUCUUACAAUUACCUUGGUUUCGCUCAGUCCAGUGGUCCUUGCGCCGACGCCGUCGAGGAGUGCGUCAAGCGGUACGGUGUGAGCAUCUGCAGCCCAAGAGCUGAUGCGGGUACCUCGGAGCUUGCCCUCGAAGUUGAGCGAGAGAUUGCUUCUUUUGUUGGCAAGCCUUCUGCCAUGGUCUUUUCCAUGGGCUACGUCACAAACGCCAGCUCUUUCCCCGCACUUGUCAGCAAGGGCUGCCUCAUUAUUUCCGAUGAACUGAAUCAUGCAUCUAUUCGUAUCGGUGCUCGUCUCUCCGGUGCCGUCAUCCAGUCUUUCCGCCACAACGACACUCACGACCUCGAGCGUGUUCUUAGAGAGGCCAUUUCCCAGGGACAGCCCCGCACUCACCGACCCUGGAAGAAGAUUUUGGUUGUCGUCGAGGGCCUCUACUCAAUGGAGGGCACCAUGUGCGAUUUGCCUGGCAUUCUCGCUCUCAAGCGCAAGUACAAAUUUUACCUCUUUAUCGACGAGGCUCACUCGAUCGGUGCUCUUGGUCCCAAGGGACGUGGUGUCUGCGAUUACUUUGGUAUUGACCCCGCCGAGGUGGAUAUUUUGAUGGGAACUCUUACCAAGUCGUUUGGGGCCAACGGUGGUUACAUUGCUGCCGAAAAGAACAUUAUUGAAAAGCUCCGUGCCACCAAUGCCUCUACGCAGCUGGGCGAGUCUCCCGCUCCUUGCGUCCUGCAGCAGAUUCUGGUCUCUCUCAAGCUCAUCACUGGAGAGGUCUGCCCUGGCCAGGGCGAGGAGCGUCUCCGCCGUAUUGCAUUUAAUUCUCGAUACCUUCGCCUUGGACUCAAGCGCCUGGGUUAUAUUGUGUAUGGUCACGAUGAUUCGCCCAUUAUUCCUGUUCUGCUGUAUCAUCCUGGCAAGAUGCCUGCUUUCAGUCACGAAAUGUUGAAGCGCAAGGUUUCGGUUGUCGUUGUUGGAUAUCCUGCCACUCCAUUGAUCAGCUCGCGCGCACGAUUCUGUGUUUCUUCGGCUCACAACAAGGAGGACAUGGACCGCCUGCUGAUUGCGUGUGAAGAGGUGGCCGAGCUGCUGCAGCUCAAGAUUUCGACCGGCGUUGCGGGGGGCCUUCCUCAUCUGCCCAAGAACCUACCCGUCAUGACGCACAAGCAAGAGUGCGAGUGGCGUGCUGCCAAUGGCGCCCCUGUGCACCCGCCCCGAUGGCAGGUAGAAGAUGUCAUUCGUCACGGUGUUGAGGAUACCAAGCUCCCUCUCCGAUAA